AUGCCGCAGUCGGCAGCGCCGCAGGGCGAGCCCAGGGAGUCCAGUCCUUCCAAGGCCCACAAGAAGCACCCCACCUUCCACCUCUGGCGCUCCAAGAAGAAGCCGCAGCCCCCGCCCGCCACGUGUGCGGUGUUCGUCCCGCACCCGCCCUCCGCGCCCCUCUGCCAGGCCAGUGCUCUGGACGUGCCGGAUGGAAGCCACCAGGAGUCGCAGGAACUCCCAGUGCACUGCGGGGAGCCGCAGUAUUGUCACACCCCUGGUGAGGUGCCCGGUCCUUCACCAGCCGAGUCAGGCAUGUUUAAAAAGUCCAGGGCACAGCCACCAGAUGACAGCAGGAGGAAGCCAGUCUUAGGGAAGCUGGGCACCCUGUUCACGGCUGGAAGGAGGAGGAAUACCAGGAACGGGUUAGAGGGUCCCACCGGCUCCAGCCUCAAGUCAGCCUCGGCCAGAGACUCCUGCAAAGUCCCCGAAAGCGAGAGCGACAAGAGUAGAGCCCCGGGCAUCCAGCCGCAGCCCCAGGACGCCGACGAGGCGGGGUGCCCCCAGGAGGAGCCCCGGGAGGCCGAGGGCGGUGCGCCGGCCACCCCUCGCGACGCCGAGCUGUCACCGUGCGAGAGCGGCAGCCUCGUGGUGGCCGCGCAGCCGCGCCACGACAGUGAUUCACCCCAAUUAGUACCUGCGCAGGCAGGGGGGGAGACCUUCCCCGAUGCCGCCACCGCUGCCAAGCGGCCGCAUUCCUCCGCCGAGAGCUGCUCGGGGCAGGAGAGCGCAGAGACGCCCGGCCGCGGUCCGGCGCAGGACGCUUUGCAGGGUGCCGGCUGCCUGCCCGAGGCGGCCGGGGGUGCGCGGGGCGUGCCGGGGUCGCCCACGGCCGCGCGGCUCGCGGGAGAACCGGGCGAGGACCCCGGCGCAGCUGCCCGCUCUCGGGAGCCCGGGGACCCCAGCCAGCCCCGCGAGGGCGCAGCCCGCGCGCAGCCCGCCACGGUGCUGACCCUGGACAUCUACCUGAGUAAGACGGAGGUGUCCGCGGGGGACCAGCCGGCCGUGGGCUCUCCGGGGGCCGAGGAUUGCGACGAUUCGGACGACAUGGAGAAGAGGUCGAGCGGCCGCAGGUCGGGCCGGCGGAGGAAGUCGCAGAGAUCCGGCGAGUCCCCGGCCGCAGACGCCGCCGCCGGGUCGCCGGGCCGCGCCACCCCGAGGGACGACGCGGCGAUCGACGACGAGGUGGCGCCCGACGCGGCCGCGGAGCGGGGCUCGGCGGAAAGGAAAGCGAAGUCCGCGCGCGCCGCGCCCGACGGGGGCGUAGCCUCGGCCGCGGGCCCCGAGCCCAGGCCCGGCCCCAGAGGGCAGCCGCGCGCCGACCGGCCUCCGCUGGCGUCGCCCACCAAGAGGAAGGGCCGCGCCCGCGUCCCCGAGGCGGCAGUGCCCAGCGCGCCCGCCACCCCGCGGGCUCCCGCCAAGGAGUCCCCGCCCAAGAGGGCGCCCGCCGCCGACCCCGCGGAGGACCUGGGCCGCGUCGUCCCCCGCGAGCUCACGGUCAAGAGCAGCUCGCUGCUGCCGGAGAUCAGGCCCGAGCACAAGCGGGGCCCGCUGCCCGGCCACCUCGACGGCCGGGGCCGGGAGCCGGGCAGGUCGGCCGCGGCCUCCGAAGCCGAAGGCUCGAAGCCCAGGAACCAUUUCGGUGUGGGCAGGUCGACGGUGACCACCAAAGUGACCCUCCCUGCCAAACCCAAACAUGUGGAACUAACUCUGAAAACCCCUAAGAAUUCUGACAGUUUGGGAAAUGAGCAUAAUCCCUUUAGCCAGCCAGUUCAUAAGGGAAACACUGCCAACAAAAUCUCCUUAUUUGAAAACAAACGGGUAAACAGUAGUCCAAGACACCCGGACAUUCGUGCCACGAAGAACAUUCCUCCCUCUAAUAAGACAUUUGUUGGGAGGGCAAAGCUGAAUUUAGCCAAAAAAGCUAAAGAAAUGGAACAAUCUGAAAAGAAACCCAUACCAAACAGCCACCAGAAUGGCAUGGUGGCCAAGGAACCCUCUGCAGAAGACAGAGGCCCUGUCUCAGAAGAAGAGAUUCCCCUGACAGCCAAUGGCGGGGAAGGAGUGCCCACUGAAGGCCAGUCGCUCUGUCCUCAGGCUGACCAAGGCAGUAAGGCAGAUGUGCAAACAGACGCUACCUCUCCUUCACAGCCAGUGCCACCUGACUCAGAUCCUGCCAAGGACUGUCAGCUUUUAGGAGAAGAUAGCUCAGAGGCCACGGACAGCACAAGGCUUGCAUUUGAAAAUACUACCGAUAUGGCACCAGACAUCGCUGCCACUCUUACUACCAAAGAUAACACCCCAGAGCCCCAAGAUACGCUUUCUGACUCUCAGCCCCAACCUGAGUCAUCUGGGGGGCCUUCUCUCCCACCGCAUGUGCCCAUUCCUGUGGGAGUUCCCCAAGACGAAUGUGGUCAGGUUCCCAUAAACAGUGUUCUAUGCACUGAUGCAGAGGUAUCAGAAAACCACAAUGGAUGCAUUGGAUCUGUGUCUCAUCCCAAUGAGAAAAUACUACUGUCCAAACCAGGAGGGAGAGAAACAAAUCCCCCAUUGUCCCCAGAGUGCAGCCCAGAGUGUCCAUCCAAGGUCCUUGUCCAGGUGAGGUCCUUCGUGCUUCCUGUGGAGAGCACCCAGGAUGUGAGCUCUCAAGUUAUCUCAGAAAGCUCGGAAGUUAGAGAAGUGCAGUUGCCAAGUUGUCACAAUAAUGAACUUGAAGUGGUUUCUGUUGCAAAUUGCGCUUCCCAGCAAGAGGAAGUGGUGGGCCAUAAGAGCACGUCACCCGAGAACACGUCCUGUGGAGAGGAGCGUGUGGCAGAGUCUCACCCACCCACACCACCAUCAGGAUCCCAGAAGGCUCAGGACAGCAGGACAAACCUGAUGGCCAAGUCCAGCCCUGCCCCCUCUCCCAGUAGCAGAGGUCAUUCCGAGACUCCUCAAAGGCCAGCUGGAGAUGUUGUGAAUGGGCAGAAGAGCCCUGCCAGCCUUUUGAAUGUUUCUGCUGGCAGUGAUGAGAGUGUGUUGGAUUCUUCUUCUGAUAUGGAAAAAUUCACUGAAAUCAUUAAAAAUAUGGACAGUACAGUGUGUGUGCCACAGAAGAAAAAGAAGGCCCGGAUGCCCAGUUCUCCAGCCCCUCACUUUGCCAUGCCUCCUAUUCACGAGGACACCUUGGAAAAGGUGUUCGAUCCCAACGUGUUCACCUUCGGUUUGGGGAAGAAGAAGGAAAACCAGGUGGAAAUGUCGCCUGCUUCACAUUUGCUGCAGAACCUUGACCCCAAUUCCAAACUGAAACCUAAGCGAGCCUCCACGGAGCAGAGCAUCCUCUUCAAGUCCCUGCACACAGGUGCCAACGGGAACGGCGAGCCUCAGGCAGCCGCAGAAGUCAAUGGCAGGGACCACAGGGAUGUCACUAAUGGUGGAGUAAAGAGGUCCCGGCUAGAAAAAAGUGCUCUUUUCUCAAGCAUGUUAUCUUCCUUACCACAAGAGAAAAUCUUUUCUCCCUCAGUGACAUCAGUCACUACCAUGACCACAUGUUUCGGCACUUCUCAGAACAGUUCUCUGUCUCGGUCUUCAGUGGCACAGCCCAGGGCAGAGGGCGCCCCGCCCUGUGGCUCAGACCAAGAACAGCCUCAUCUCACACCCCACAACUCCUUAAAGGUCUUCAGUUUCAACUCCUCGAACACAGAUCCUUCGGGCAUGAGAAGUCCAAGCCACAUGGAGAAGUGUUCACAAAAGGAAGAAAGCAAAGAUCUGAAUUCAUGGAGUGGCCCGCGCUUGCCAGAAACAAAGACUCCUGAGUUUUCCAGGCUGAAGAACGGAGAUGACAUGGAAAAGGCCAGCCGCAUGGACAGUGCUCUGACAUCAAACCUGCCAAACCCUGCCAGCACUGACAGCGACUUCAUGGGUCUUUUCACACCCAGCCGGUAUGACCCGAGCCUUUCUUUCUCUGGAAUGUCCUUAGCAGAUCCCACGACGCUGAGAGGAAGCAUACAAAAUAAACUGAAUCCCCGGCCUGGGAAGGUGGUGAUAUUCAGCGAGCCCGAUGUCUCUGAAGAGUGCAUUGAAGUUUUCAGGGACAUUCAGGAUUGCAGCUCUUGGCGACUCUCCCCAGUGAUACUUGUAAAAGUCGUUAGAGGAUGUUGGAUUUUAUAUGAGAAAGCCAAUUUUGAAGGUCACUCCAUCCCCUUAGAAGAAGGUGAAUUGGAACUCUCUGGUCUCUGGGGCAUGGAGGAGGCCUUGGAAAGAAAUGAAGAAGCAGAGUGUGAUAAGCCUGUAGUGAUCGGCUCAAUCAGGCACGUGGUGCAGGAUUACAGAAUCAGUCAGAUUGACUUGUUUACCGAACCAGAAGGACUGGGACUCCUAAACUCCUACUUUGAUGACACGGAAGAAAUGCAAGGGUUUGGAGUUAUGCAGAAGACUUGUUCCAUCAAAGUGCACUGGGGCACAUGGCUGAUUUAUGAAGAACCUGCAUUUCAAGGCAUUCCUUUCAUCCUGGAACCCGGCGAGUACCCCGACUUGUCCUUCUGGGACACUGAAGAGGCAUACAUCGGAUCCAUGCGGCCUCUGAAAAUGGGUGGUCGUAAAGUUGAAUUUCCUACAGAUCCAAAGGUCGUUAUUUAUGAAAAGCCUUCCUUUGAAGGAAAAUGUAUGGAACUGGAGUCAGAAAUGUGUGGUUUUGCCAAGGAGGGAGGUGAGGAGGAAGAAAGCUCUGGAUACAGCGGUUUGCCCUUCACAUCAGUGGGGUCUGUGAAAGUUCUGAGAGGCAUUUGGGUUGCUUAUGAGAAGUCAGGCUUUAUGGGGCAUCAGUAUUUGCUAGAGGAAGGAGAGUACCAAGACUGGAAAGACUGGGGUGGUUACAAUGGAGAACUCCAGUCCUUACGACCUAUAGUGGGGGAUUUUUCAAAUGCUCACAUGAUAAUGUACAGCGAAAAAAACUUUGGAUCCAAAGGUUCCAGUAUUGAUGUAUUGGGGAUUGUUGCUAAUUUAAAGGAGACUGGAUAUGGAGUGAAGACCCAGUCUAUUAAUGUACUGAGCGGAGUAUGGGUUGCCUAUGAGAGCCCUGACUUCACAGGAGAGCAGUAUGUUCUGGAUAAAGGCUUCUAUACCAGUUUUGAGGACUGGGGAGGGAAGAACUGUAAGAUCUCUUCUGUUCAACCCAUAUAUUUGGAUUCUUUCACUGGUCCAAGGAGGCAAAACCAGAUUCACUUGUUUUCAGAACCACAAUUUCAAGGUCAAUGUCAAAGUUUUGAAGAAACAAUCAGUCAAAUCGAAGAUUCAUUUUCAACGAAGUCUUGUAGAGUUUUGGGGGGCAGCUGGGUUGCUUAUGAUGGAGAAAACUUCUCUGGAAAUCAGUACGUGCUGGAAGAAGGUCACUAUCCUUGUGUGUCAGCAAUGGGAUGCCUGCCUGGAGCAACGUUGAAGUCUCUCCGCUACAUAGAUGUUGAAUUUUCAGAACCAACGGUUAUUCUGUUUGAAAGAGAAAACUUCAAAGGGAAGAAGAUUGAACUUAAUGCUGAAACAGUGAACCUGCGAUCCCUGGGAUUCAACACACAGAUUCGCUCUGUCCAGGUUAUUGGUGGCAUAUGGAUUAGUUAUGAAUACGCCAACUACAGAGGUCGACAGUUCCUGCUGUCACCUGCAGAAGUUCCUAAUUGGUAUGAAUUCAGUGGCUGUCGCCAAAUCGGUUCUCUCCGACCUUUUGUUCAGAAACGAAUUCACUUCAGACUUCGAAACAAAGCGACAGGGUUGUUUAUGUCAACCAACGGGAAUCUGGAGGACCUGAAGCUCCUGCGGGUACAGGUCAUGGAGGAUGUGGGCGCUGAUGAUCAAGUGUGGAUUUACCAGGAGGGGUGCAUCAAGUGCAGGAUAGCAGAAGACUGCUGCCUGACCAUCGUGGGCAGCCUAGUGACAUCUGGCUCUAAACUGGGCCUGGCGCUUGACCAAAAUGCUGACAGUCAGUUCUGGUGCAUGAAGUCCGAUGGCAGGAUCUACAGCAAGUUGAAGCCAAAUUUAGUCUUAGAUAUCAAAGGGGGUUCACAGUACGAUCAGAAUCACAUCAUCCUCAACACCGUCAGCAAGGAGAGGUUAACACAAGUGUGGGAAGCCAUGGUUCUGUGAACCCGAAGAAAGAAGGUGGGAGAAAUGCUCCUGGGGGCUUUCCAGGCACCUUAUUGAAGAAACACAAAAGGACAGUCCUGAUGGAGGAGUCCAGCGGUAACUGGUCCAGAAGACGGGACAGGGAGAAUUAGCUUUUAAGAGAUGACUUCCAAGCCAGUAGCUUGUCCUCUGUUCCUUGCCUUUCGUCUCUCAGCAGCACUGGCAUAGGUCCCCCUCGAGCAGCUCUGGGUGGCUUUUAAAGAUGUUAAGUCAAGAGUAUGUACGUUUCAAAUCAUUUCCAAAGGCAGUGACAGGAGGGAGCAGGACCAGAUUCACUGUGGACUUACGGAUUCCUUAAAGGGAAGGAUGAGAAAGUGCCCAAAUUUGCAAGUUGGAAGAUUAUUGCAUGCUGAUCAAUGCUUUUGAUCCAUGGUUUUAAAACCAAUGGCACAUACACAAAAAAAGAAAAACCAAUGGCACCAUUAAUUAUGCUGGAUAGCAAUGAGACAGCCUUAUUCAGAAAAACUAUAAAGAACUCAGUUAAAAUAAACAAAAUGCUAUUUUCAGUUAUAUUAAAAAUUAGAUAUUUCAAAUUUCCUAUCGAUGUCUGCUAACAUUUGUUAGGAGAACUUGGAAUUUUACUCACCUUUGGACUGUCCUGCAAUGUCCCCAGUGAGUGUUUAAAGCCCUUCUUACAUCUGCUACUGGAACAGUAUUGUCAUGGCCUAACUUACCCUUUCUACAGCCAUCUAGUGCUGAAACUAUGUUCUACAGGUUUUGGCUAAACCUCAUACCUUUUAGCCUGAUUUCCAGGGCUGUGGUGGUUGGGAAUGCCUCAGAUGUGGAGAUUCUGGGGGCCUCCGGUCACUUCGUGCUGGGAGCACAAAGGGUGUAGAAAGCUCAAGAAGAUGCAGGACGCACCACCAUCUCUAGACCGUGGAGGAGAGAAGGGCUGUUCGGUGGUCACAUGUCAGCGCUUGGAGUGAGCCCCGCGCAAGCGCACACUGAAGCCACUGACGGACUGACUGCUGGUCACACGCCGGUCCGUACCUGGCUGCUCCAACGGCAGAUUCCAGUUUUGAGGAAAACUGCUACACGUUUCCUUGAAUAUAUUCUUCCCCAUUUUUCUGUCAUCUGUCAGUACUGGUGCUGUCAUCAGAGAUGGAACAACUCUUACUUCCAUCUCCUCUGUUCAAAUGUGUUUCCUCUCUGGAGCCCAUAGCAGGGAAUUAUGACCAUUAGAAUAUUUAUCUUCAGUUUUAAAAAAUACUUGCACACACCAGCAUCCAACAUGUUUGCCUUGUUCUUACAUGUAUAGCUCUGAUUUUUGGUCCUUUGUGUGUAUUCUUACAUACGGUGGGGUAAGAUAAUCUAUCAAAGCCUGUGUUAAAUUUCUCUCUUGAAUAAACUUACUUCUGGUUAACUACA